AAUGAGGGCGGGCGGUGGGGCCGUUGCCGCAGUGACAGAGCUGGGGGACUCCGAAGAUGGCGGCGUCGCGUCGCUCUCAGCAUCAUCACCAUCAUCAUCAGCAACAGCUCCAGUCCGCCCCGGGGGCUUCGGGGCCACCGCCGCCACCUCCCCCGCCACUCAGUCCCAGCUUGGCCCCGGGGACCACCCCCGCUUCCCCCACGGCGGGUGGUCUGGCCCCCUUCUCCUCCCCUCGGCACGGCCUAACGCUGCCAGAGGGGGAUGGCAGUCGAGAUCCGCUCGACAGGCCCCAAUCCCCGGACUCAGCGGACAGUACCAGCUGUUGCAGCACCACCAGCACAACCUGUACGGUGGUCGCCGCCGCUCCCGUGGUCCCAGCGGCUUCUGCUUCAUCUCCCGCGGGGGUCACUCCUAACUCUGCCGGCGGCGGUGGCUGUAACAAUUCCCCGUCGUCCUCCUCCUCCUCGACUUCAUCCUCGUCUUCCACCCCAUCGUCCCCUGGAUCGAGCUUGGCGGAGAGUCCCGAGGCGGCCGGAGUUAGCACCGCGACCCUGGGGCCUGGGGCCGCGGGACCUGGGCCAGGGGUCCCGGCAGUGAGCGGGGCCUUGAGGGAACUGCUGGAGGCUUGUCGCAAUGGGGACGUGUCCCGGGUCAAGAGGCUAGUGGACGCGGCAAACGUGAAUGCGAAGGACAUGGCCGGCCGGAAGUCUUCUCCCCUGCACUUCGCUGCAGGUUUUGGAAGGAAGGAUGUUGUAGAACACUUGCUACAGAUGGGUGCUAAUGUCCAUGCUCGUGACGAUGGAGGUCUUAUCCCACUUCACAAUGCCUGUUCUUUUGGCCAUGCAGAGGUUGUGAGUCUGUUACUAUGUCAAGGAGCUGAUCCAAAUGCCAGAGAUAACUGGAAUUAUACCCCUUUGCAUGAAGCUGCUAUUAAAGGGAAAAUCGAUGUAUGUAUUGUGCUGCUGCAGCACGGAGCUGAUCCAAACAUUCGGAACACUGAUGGCAAAUCAGCCCUGGACCUGGCAGAUCCUUCGGCAAAAGCUGUCCUUACAGGUGAAUACAAGAAAGACGAACUCCUAGAAGCUGCUAGGAGUGGUAAUGAAGAAAAACUAAUGGCUUUACUGACUCCUCUAAAUGUGAAUUGCCAUGCAAGUGAUGGACGAAAGUCUACUCCAUUACAUCUAGCAGCGGGCUACAACAGGGUUCGAAUAGUUCAGCUUCUUCUUCAGCAUGGUGCUGAUGUUCAUGCAAAAGACAAAGGUGGACUUGUACCUCUUCAUAAUGCAUGCUCUUAUGGACAUUAUGAAGUCACAGAACUUUUAUUAAAGCAUGGAGCUUGUGUUAAUGCUAUGGAUCUCUGGCAGUUUACUCCACUCCAUGAAGCUGCUUCCAAGAAUCGUGUAGAAGUCUGUUCUUUAUUACUUAGCCAUGGUGCUGAUCCUACGUUAGUCAAUUGCCAUGGUAAAAGUGCUGUGGAUAUGGCUCCCACUCCUGAACUCCGGGAGAGACUGACAUAUGAAUUUAAAGGUCAUUCUUUACUACAAGCAGCCAGAGAAGCAGACCUAGCCAAAGUUAAAAAAACUCUUGCUUUGGAAAUCAUUAAUUUUAAACAACCACAGUCUCAUGAAACUGCACUGCACUGUGCUGUGGCCUCCUUGCAUCCCAAAAGAAAACAAGUGACAGAAUUAUUACUUAGAAAAGGAGCAAAUGUUAAUGAAAAAAAUAAAGAUUUCAUGACUCCUCUACAUGUAGCAGCAGAAAGAGCUCACAAUGAUGUCAUGGAAGUUCUGCAUAAACAUGGAGCAAAGAUGAAUGCACUGGACACCCUUGGUCAAACUGCUUUGCACAGAGCUGCCCUUGCAGGUCACCUGCAAACCUGCCGCCUCCUGCUGAGUUUUGGUUCUGAUCCCUCUAUCAUUUCCUUACAAGGCUUUACAGCAGCACAAAUGGGAAAUGAAGCAGUGCAACAGAUUCUGAGUGAAAGUACACCUAUACGUACUUCUGAUGUUGACUAUAGACUCUUAGAGGCAUCUAAAGCUGGAGACUUGGAAACUGUGAAGCAACUUUGCAGCCCUCAAAAUGUGAAUUGCAGAGACUUAGAGGGUCGCCAUUCUACACCCUUGCACUUUGCAGCGGGCUAUAAUCGAGUGUCUGUUGUGGAGUACCUGCUACACCAUGGUGCCGAUGUCCAUGCCAAAGACAAAGGUGGCUUAGUGCCCCUUCAUAAUGCCUGUUCAUAUGGACAUUAUGAAGUAGCUGAACUUCUAGUUAGACAUGGAGCUUCUGUUAAUGUUGCGGACUUGUGGAAAUUUACACCUCUUCACGAAGCAGCAGCUAAAGGAAAAUACGAAAUCUGCAAGCUCCUUUUGAAACAUGGAGCAGAUCCAACUAAAAAGAAUAGAGAUGGAAAUACGCCUUUAGAUUUGGUAAAAGAAGGAGACACAGACAUUCAGGAUUUACUGAGAGGAGAUGCUGCUUUGCUAGAUGCUGCCAAGAAAGGCUGCCUGGCAAGAGUACAGAAGCUCUGUACCCCAGAGAAUAUCAACUGCAGAGACACCCAGGGCAGAAACUCAACACCUCUGCACCUGGCAGCAGGCUACAAUAACCUGGAAGUAGCUGAAUAUCUUCUAGAGCAUGGAGCAGAUGUUAAUGCCCAAGACAAAGGGGGUUUAAUUCCUCUUCAUAAUGCAGCAUCCUAUGGGCACGUGGACAUAGCAGCAUUACUAAUAAAAUACAACACUUGCGUAAAUGCAACAGAUAAGUGGGCAUUUACUCCUCUUCAUGAAGCAGCCCAGAAAGGAAGAACACAGUUAUGUGCUCUGCUUCUGGCACAUGGUGCAGAUCCAACUAUGAAGAACCAAGAAGGUCAGACACCUUUAGAUCUGGCAACAGCUGAUGAUAUCAGAGCUUUGCUGAUAGAUGCCAUGCCCCCCGAGGCCUUACCUACUUGCUUUAAACCUCAGGCUACUGUAGUGAGUGCCUCUCUGAUCUCACCAGCAUCCACCCCUUCCUGCCUGUCUGCAGCUAGCAGCAUAGACAACCUCACAGGCCCUUUAGCAGAGUUGGCAGUAGGUGGAGCAUCCAACACAGGAGAUGGUGCAGCAGGUGCAGAAAGGAAGGAAGGAGAAGUUGCGGGAUUGGACAUGAAUAUCAGUCAAUUUCUAAAAAGCCUUGGUCUUGAACACCUUCGGGACAUCUUUGAAACAGAACAGAUUACACUGGAUGUGCUGGCUGAUAUGGGUCAUGAGGAGUUGAAAGAAAUAGGCAUUAAUGCAUACGGACACCGCCACAAAUUAAUCAAAGGAGUAGAAAGACUCUUAGGUGGACAACAAGGCACAAAUCCUUACUUGACUUUUCACUGUGUUAAUCAGGGAACUAUUUUGUUGGAUCUUGCUCUAGAAGAUAAGGAGUAUCAGUCAGUAGAAGAAGAGAUGCAGAGUACAAUUCGGGAACACAGAGAUGGUGGUAAUGCUGGCGGCAUCUUCAACAGAUACAAUGUCAUUCGAAUUCAAAAAGUUGUCAACAAGAAGUUGAGAGAACGGUUCUGUCACAGACAAAAGGAAGUGUCUGAGGAAAAUCAUAACCAUCACAAUGAGCGUAUGCUAUUUCAUGGUUCUCCUUUUAUUAAUGCUAUUAUUCAUAAAGGAUUUGAUGAGCGGCAUGCAUACAUAGGAGGAAUGUUUGGUGCUGGGAUCUAUUUUGCUGAAAACUCUUCCAAGAGCAACCAAUAUGUUUACGGAAUUGGAGGGGGAACAGGCUGCCCCACGCACAAAGAUAGGUCAUGUUACAUAUGUCACAGACAAAUGCUUUUCUGCAGAGUGACCCUUGGCAAAUCCUUUUUGCAAUUCAGCACCAUGAAAAUGGCUCAUGCCCCACCAGGACAUCACUCAGUUAUUGGGAGACCAAGUGUAAAUGGACUAGCAUAUGCUGAAUAUGUCAUCUACAGAGGGGAACAGGCAUACCCAGAAUAUCUCAUCACAUACCAGAUUAUGAAGCCAGAAGCUCCUUCACAAACUGCAACAGCCGCAGAACAGAAGACCUAGUAAAUACCUACUUAUAAAGGUUAAACCUGGGACUGGAUUACAGUGGAUUGUUGUCAACAAAAUCAAUACUCGAUAAAUCCUUGACAGCCUAGAAAUAAGCUGUUUGUGUUUUAUAAAGCAUUGCUAUAGUGAUGGAUAUAGUAUGAGUAACUGAUUCAUACUCAACUACUACACUGUUCCCUUUGAGGAAAUGUUUACAGGGACGGCCUUUUAACAUAUCUCAGGCUCAUUUUCAUUACAAUUAUCCAUUUGUAAAGCAAGAUUGCUUUUGAUCUAAACUUGGAGAUGGGGGUGGGGGGGGGAAGUUUCCCAAGUAUUCAGAAUUCACAUACUACAUUUGCUUUGUUAUAUAUGGAACAUGUAUAUGACAGACAUAUAUGACAGGCUUAAUUUUAAUUUCUUCCAAAUUUUCAUCAUUGGUGUCUCUCUCUCUCUCUCUCUCUCUCUCUCUCUCCCUUUGAAAAUGAGCCAAAGCCUUUUUUGAAGAUUUUUUGCACAAAGUCACACUGACUAAUAUCUUUAGCAAUGCAACCCAAGCUUCUGGCUGAGCAAGAUCUAGUUUCUGCUUUCUUUUUUCCUUGGUUUAUUUUGUGUCUGUACUUCUCAUCAACAUAAAUUGAAAUAGACUGGGAAAGAGUCAAGUUUUGAUUUCCUUCUAUUUACUGGCCAGUCUUCUAAGGAAAAGGCACAAACACCAACCUGAGUUAGAAGCUCCCAAGUUUAGAGAAGUCAGAGCUGAUGAGGGCCACACGCUCUCUUACAAACCUGCUGCAGGGGGUACAGGGUAGUGCUAGGAACCCAAGAAGAACACAGCCAGGGAAAGGUUUCAGUGAUGCUAAUGUGACAUGCAGUAGAGAAGCAACUGGGACAAGGGGGCAGUGUGAAGGUUGUAAUGGGGAAGCAGCAGUGCAGCUUUGAGAAGCAUGUGGUUCAGUCAUUUGCAGCAGGAAAUAAUCCCUCGAAGAAAAAAAUCCUUGCCUUCACCUAAUCUGCACCAUCUGAAUUGUUGCCCUACCCAGACCCGUGAAUUGACUGCCUUAUUUCCAAAUUCAGUGGAGUUACCGUAGUAGAGUCCCCAAAACAGUGCUUUAUUAACUCUCUAGAGAGGUUAGUUUAGAAAGUAAAAUUUAAAUCCUGUUUAACUGAUAGGUAUACAUAAUUGCAAGAACUUUUUGUUUACUCCAGAGUCAGGCUUAUUUUGAGUGAGGUGCUUCAAAUAGCUUAUAUGGUUCCAUAUACUAUAUUCUCAAACCAUUUUUUUUUCAAACUUCUUAGACGAGAAUAGAAACUAAAGCCAAAGUUCUUUCAGUUACUUUUUUAAAGGAAGGUGAAGAAAUACUAUACUGUUUUUGUCAUGAAACCACUACUUUACUUGCUUAUUGUAAUCAGAAUUUCCCAAGUAUAUAUUGACAUUUGUAAGAGAUUAUCCAUUAUAGUUCUUUAUGUUUGCCCUUUUAACCUUAACUGAACAUCGGGUUGAGUGCAUUAAUUACUUACAUUGGUAUGUUGUACAUCUACUCAGCUUUGAGGCUAAAGUAAUAGAAAUGAGGUUUUAAAAAAAAAUGAAAAACAGUGUGACAUAAACCUGCUGUUUCAACUUUUUAGUCCUGAAACUAUUUUUUCUAGUGUAGGCUAAUUAGGCUUUCAUCUCAUUUAAUCUUCUAAAAUAAUAAUAAUAAUAAGAUGGUUACAUGCAAAAAUUCUAGACGAGGCUUUUAAAAUACACACCUUGUUUCCCUUUGGCUUGAGUUCAGUGCUAAAGCUAGGCAUCAGGAACUAGUUUGAAGUUUAUUGCUGAGUCUUGCAUGGGUCUUCAAAAUUAAAUCAAGAAUUAGCCUCAGUUGUUGCUUCUCUUGAAGUUUUAGUGACCCAAGAGGGGUGUUUCUGUCUUGCCUACUUUUUUAAAUAGCACUAGAAUUCCAUAUGAAGCUUUGAAGUUUGAUAAUCAUUAAGAGAGCUCUUUUCUUCCCUUUUUUGCUGUGUAUAACAGUGAGUUGAAGGAAAUGCUGUAUGUGUAGUUUUAAGAAGCUGCAAACACAUGUAUUAAAUACCCCCCCCCCCUUAGAGUUUAAAAUGAUCAACACAGCUGUGAUUUUUAAGUAAAGUGUUAUUACGGUAUAGAUAACUGAAAGCUUCAUUAAAAAAGAUAAGCCUCUACCCAACUGUGGUUAUGUCAUUUCCAUCAUACUAGCUAGAUUAAUGGACAUGUCAGUUUUAAACUUCAGCCUUACACUUGAGAAGUUAAACUGUGGUUCAGUAUUUAAACUGCCAAUGUUAUGUAUCUGAUGUUCUGUAUGCUGAGUAAAGGUACCAUUUAAGAAAGAAUUUUCCAAUGCUUCUUGUAUAUAGUGGCUCUUGAAAGAAUGUAUAUAUACUGUUCAUCUGCUAAAGAAAAUAGGCUGGUUGAUUUCUCACAGGAGCCAAAUACAUUUUCUCAAAACUUGAAACCAAAGGUCAUCCUGAGUGCACUCAAGUGAGCAAAAGUUGGUUACCUUUGGAAUUUCCAUAGGCAGUGCAAAGUGCUCUUUGGAAUACAAAAUUAGGUUGAAAUCCAUUUAAUUUCUUAAAUAUUGCUAUGUAAUAGAAACACUACUAAGUCCACUCUUAUUAAAUCAAAGGGCUUCUAGACCUGAUGGUUCCAAUUCACUAAGUUUUGGUCAGCUGGGUACUUGACUCGAAAUUAAGUACUCUGAACUUUACACUGGCCCCUGGACUUGGCUUCUUUCUCUUUUCCUCAGUUUAGAAUUAUAAUUAGCUCCAACAGUUCUUUGACCCAAUUCAUUUUCUCCCUUUCCUCAUCUUGACUCUUGCAAAAAGGAGACUGCACCUCUCUGUUUCCAUGUCACAGCCAGAAAUGGUUCUAGUCUUCUUGGGCUCUACUAAGACAGUUCUGCCACUUUAUUAACAAAUGAUAACAUGGAACCCCUAGUUCUAAUUCUAUGCAAAAUAGCAGGAGUACAACCAGAUGCUUGCUUACCUUUUCCUUCUUGGAGUAAAGAUCUUUUCUAGUAACACAAGUGAAAUAAAUAAUCUUAGGAUGUUGUCUUGAAAUAGCAUCAUUGUUCUUACUUGAACUUUGAUGUUAAUGACUAGAAUAAUUUCCCUUUGCUCUUAGAAUAGCAAAGUGAACUGAAAUAAUCAGAGAAAUGCCUGAAUAUGGCUAAUAAGAUUAUAUAGAUUAAUAUUCUCUAUUACUAUAGUCUUUAUACAAAAAAUAAAAUUUUGGUAAAUGCUGGAAGAGCAGCAUUAGUAUGCAAUAAAUUGUCUGGGUUUUUCUCUAUUUCAGUACAUCUCCCAAUUGCACAAAGGCUUAUUGAACACCAUGCUCUCUCUGGAUUCCAGUAAACAGCCUGUAAAUCAAAAAUAGUGUGAAUUUUACACACCUGUCUCUAAUAUAUCCAGAUCCUAUUGGCAUGAUAAUCUGCGAUCAACAGCUUUCUUACUGUGCUUUCUUUUGGACUAAUUAUCUUGCAUAGAGCUAUGGAUAUUAGACAUCAGGGCACACUCAAAACUAGCAUUAAAAAUGGGAUUUCCUUUAUCAGAACUUUAUAUAUAAAGACUAAGUUAAACUCAUUUGAUCUCAAAUCAGUGACAGAGAUGAAAGGAAAAUGGUUGUAAAAAUAUUUUAAUUUUGGUUGGAUGAAUUGAGGAUAUAAAAAGUAAAUACACAUAUUUUUAAGUGAGGUUUCUACAGACACCUUGUGCAUUCUGAAAUAGACAAUUAAUUGCUUCUUCUUAAAGCCUUAAUUAUGGCAGCAGUUUUUAACCUUUUAUAUCCUAGUAGUUAAAGCAUUGUAAUUCCAUUUCCUAGUGUCUGAAAGGUGUCAGGGGUGUCUCCAUGUACUUCGUACCUGCUCAACUAAAUUAAUAGGGUAUAUUUCAUAAGUAAUGCUCCCUUGCAUGCAGAGGAGCUGAUACCUACCAUCAAUCCAUAGUUUCUCUAUGUCUGAUACUCUGACUAUUAGAGCUUCUGGUUUCAGAAAAUAAUAGGAAGAUCUCAGAACCUAUUAUGUUUUGCAUAUGUGGAGAUACAGCAGCGACUUAUAAAGUGACACCUUGUGGAAUUUUAAUGUCACACAAACUUUUUUAUUCAUUUUAAAAUAUAAUCAUGGUGAUAAGUGAAAGACAGUAGGAAGCUAAAGAUUUUAUACAUUUAUAAAACCAAAUAUGCUUGUGUGGUGUGGCCAGUUUUAGAUGUCUGCCAAAGGGUCCUGCCUCCUUUGACAUGGAUUCACACUCUAGAGAUGAUUGCUUACAUUUGACUCUCCAUCCUUUCAUAUGUUCUUUUCUGCCUUACACUUUUUCACACCUUAUUCAAAGAGAUGUCUUAUGCUCCAGAGUUCAGACUGUCAUUUUUUUCAUCAGUUUACUCAUUUCUGUAGGCAGCCCUGAAAGCCCUUUGUUGAUGUGUUUGCAGAAAAAGAAAAACCCUUGUAGUGGGAUAUCUUUCACAUACUCUCUGCCCCUCUAAGGUUCAAUAUAAGCUAGAAAAUACAAGAGAAAAAUUAGAAAGGAGCCAAAAUCUUUGAGGGCAAUAGCCUAGACCUAGGAGUUGACCUUGACUAUAUAACUUUUGUAUUCAUUACACAAAGUGUUUAAACUCUUCCUGUGCAUUUAAUAUCUGCUUCUGCUUCCAUUGUUUCAGGUUCAUCCUGUCUUUGUUGUAGUAGUAUUUGUCUGAUUCCUAUAAACUAAAAGGGUACUUUAUCAACCUGGUAUCUCAAAAUCAUUUGAAAUACCAGCUUUGAGGAAAUCUACAAAUGUUUCCUGGAGCAACAUUUGGAAUAACAAUUGUGUUUUCUCAUUGUGAUGUUGGUCUGUGUAGUAACCAGUGUAGUGAUACUUUGAUUUGUUAUUGGUGUUGUUUUUAUUUUUAGUGUCUGUGUAACCCACCAGUGGCAGAGGGUUUCAGACCCCUCCUCUUACUUUAUAAAAUGUUUGUAUGAUUGUCAGAUCAAAUAUAAGAUGCCCAUUUAAAUUUGAAUUGUAGAAACAUUUUAGCUUAAAUAUGUUUCAUGCAAUAUUUGGCAUCUAUUUACAGUUGAAAAAUUAUCAUUUAUCUGAAAUUCUUAUGUAACUUAUCAUCCUGAAUUUUUGCUUCAUUUUGUUUUACUGAAUCUGGCAACCCUGUCAAUUUGGUCAUGGAAAAUCACAGCAUGUUAAUUCUUACAGUCUUUAAUAUCUUUCAUGUGGAAUGAAAGAUAUUUUUUUCCCUCACCCUCUACUUUCUAGAAGAGGGCUUCAAGAAACUUAACCUGCCUGCAUGGUGGGUUUCUAUUUAAGACAUCUUUAUGAUUGUAUUUAACCUGUAAUUGUGCUUUGGCUAAGUGUCUAACUUACAGUUACUUGUAAUUGUUUAAUAUUCAAUAAAAGCAUUUUUACAGUA